AUGGAGAUGAUCACUAGUAAUAUUAACAACACAAUAUAUUUCCUUCUCUUCUCCUUCUUCAUUUUGGCACUAAUCAAACUAGCCCGCACCAAACCCAAGGUUUCCCCCGGGCUUCUGCCACCUUCCCCUCCGGGCCUGCCCCUGAUCGGCCACCUCCACCACCUGAUCGGCCGCGGGUUGCCCCACCACGCCCUCCGCAGCCUAUCCCAGCGGUACGAGACCCGCGUCCUGGGCCUCCAGAUAGGUGAGGUCACGGCCGUGGUCAUCUCCUCCCCCGGGGCCGCCCGGGAGGCCCUCAGGGAUCACGACCCGGCCUGUGCCGACCGGCCCCAAACCGUCUCCGGCGGUAUCCUGUGGUACGACUAUGCCGACAUUGCCUUCUCACCCUUCGGCGAGUACUGGCAGCAGAUGCGCAAGAUCUGUGCUGUCGAGCUCCUGAGCAUGAAGAACGUGAGAUCCCUGUGGCCCGUCCGGAUAGACGAGGCCGGUCGUCUCUUGAGGUCAAUCACAUCUGGGGAGGCCGUCAAUCUAACGGACAGGAUCUUCUCGUUCACGACUUCGUUCAUGUGCAGGGCAAUUUUCGGGAAGGCGGUGACGGACCGUGCGGCAUUGUUGGCGAUGAUACAGGAGGCACUGACUUUGGUGCAGGGGUUCGAGCUGGCAGAUUUAUUCCCGUCGUUUAAGUUUCUUCACGCCUUGAGCUUGAAGAGGCGUAGGUUGGUGAGGAUGAGGCGUCGGCUGGACGGGAUUCUAGACGGGAUUCUGGAGGAGCAUAGGUGCAAAGGGCGGAGAGGCGAGUUCGGUAGAGAGGAUAUUGUGGAUGUUUUCAUCAGGAUGCAGAAGAAUGGGGAGCUUCAGUUUCCCAUUACUGAUGACAACAUCAAGGCCGUCAUUUUUGAUAUGUUCAGUGGUGGAUCUGAAAGUUCAUCCACCACCGUCAAUUGGGCCAUGGUGGAGCUAAUGCGAAAUCCGGGAGUGAUGGAGAAAGCACAGGCCGAAAUACGGGGUUCUCUAAAAGGGAAGACGAGUACUAUUGACGAGAGCGAUCUCCAAGGGCUAACCUACCUCAAACUGGUGAUCAAAGAGACACUGAGAUUGCACCCUCCGGCCCCACUCAUCCCCAGAGCAUGCAGAUAUGAAUGUGAGGUCGAUGGCUAUUUGAUUCGUCCCAAAACUAAAGUGUUGGUGAAUGUAUGGUCUAUCGGAAGGGACCCCGAGUACUGGGAGGAUCCCGAGACCUUUCAGCCAGAAAGGUUUGCUAACAGCUCAGUCGAUUUCUUAGGGAACAAUUUUGAGUUCAUACCGUUUGGAUCGGGCCGAAGGAUCUGCCCGGGCAUAAGUUUCGGAUUGGCAAACAUUGAGCUUCCGUUGGCCCUCCUUUUGUAUCAAUUCGAUUGGAGAAUGCCUGAUGGGAUGGAUCCUAUGGAUAUGAACAUGAGUGAAAAGGAAGGAUUAUCCGCAGCGCGGAAAAAAGAUCUCUUCUUGGUGCCCAUAGCCUGUGACCAUUCAACUGCAAACUUGUAA